AUGGUUGCAGCAGCCCGUGAGCGGGUACCAAACGCAAGGUUCGAGCAGAUGGACAUUUGCGACUUCACCCCACCGCAGGGGUCGUACGACGCCGCCAGUGCGUAUUUCAGUCUCCUUGCCGGCGUGUCCCAGGAUGGGAUCCGGAGACACUUGGCCAAAAUUCAUCAUUUCCUGCGGCCUGGUGGCUUCUUCGUCUUCGCCACCGUGCCAGGGAAUGCCGAGAACGUACAGAUGAAAUGGAUGGGACGGCAAGUCACGGUGUCUAGUUUGGACGUAGACGAGGCGGUGCUGGCAGUCGAGGGCGUCGGGUUCGAAAUCAUCAAUAUCAGUGUCUCAAACUUCGUGCCUAAGGCUGAAGAGGCUGGUAUCUACCACUACAUGUACUGA